UAAGGGUUAGCAUCUUAUUCCAUCUCUCUGGCCUCCCCAGCAUGAAUCGCCAAUUCACCUACAAGUCGGGAGCUGCCUCCAAGGGGGGCUUCAGCGGCUGCUCGGCAGUGCUCUCCGGGGGCAGCUCAUCCUCCUACCGAGCAGGGGGCAAAGGGCUCAGCGGAGGCUUUGGAAGCCGGAGCCUCUACAGCCUGGGGGGCACCAGGAGCAUCUCCCUCAACAUGGCCAGCGGCAGUGGGCGGGUGGGUGGCUAUGGGUUAGGUCGAGGCCGGGCCAGUGGCUUUGCUGGGAGCAUGUUUGGCAGUGUGGCCCUGGGGCCCGUGUGCCCGUCCGUGUGCCCUCCGGGGGGAAUCCAUCAGGUCACGGUCAACAAGAACCUCCUGGCCCCCCUCAACGUGGAGCUGGACCCCGAGAUCCAGAAAGUGCGCACCCAGGAGCGGGAGCAGAUCAAGGCUCUGAACAACAAGUUCGCCUCCUUCAUCGACAAGGUGCGGUUCCUGGAGCAGCAGAACCAGGUGCUGGAGACCAAGUGGGAGCUGCUGCAGCAGCUGGAUGUGAACAACUGCAAGAACAACCUGGAGCCCAUCCUCGAGGGCUACAUCAGCAACCUGCGGAAGCAGCUGGAGACGCUGUCCGGGGACAGGGUGCGGCUGGACUCGGAGCUGAGGAGCAUGCGGGACGUGGUGGAGGACUACAAGAAGAGGUAUGAGGAGGAGAUUAACAAGCGCACAACUGCCGAGAAUGAAUUUGUGGUGCUCAAGAAGGAUGUGGAUGCAGCUUACAUGAGCAAGGUGGAGCUUCAGGCCAAGGUGGAUGCCCUGGAUGGAGAAAUCAAGUUCUUCAAAUGCCUGUAUGAGGGGGAGAUCGCUCAGAUCCAGUCCCACAUCAGUGACACAUCUGUCAUCCUGUCCAUGGACAACAAUCGGGACCUGAACUUGGACAGCAUCAUUGCUGAGGUCCGUGCUCAGUAUGAGGAGAUCGCCUUGAAGAGCAAGGCUGAGGCUGAGGCGCUGUACCAGACUAAGUUCCAGGAGCUCCAGCUAGCGGCCGGUCGGCAUGGAGAUGACCUCAAACAUACCAAGAACGAGAUCUCCGAACUGACUCGCCUUAUCCAAAGGCUGCGCUCGGAGAUUGAGAGUGUGAAGAAGCAGUGCUCCAACCUGGAGACGGCCAUCGCCGAUGCCGAGCAGCGGGGCGACUGUGCCCUGAAGGACGCCCGGGCCAAGCUGGACGAGCUGGAGGCCGCCCUGCACCAGGCCAAGGAGGAGCUGGCCCGGAUGCUGCGCGAGUACCAGGAGCUCAUGAGCACGAAGCUGUCCCUGGACAUCGAGAUCGCCACCUACCGCAAGCUGCUGGAGGGCGAGGAGUGCAGGAUGUCUGGAGAAUACACCAACGCCGUGAGCAUCUCAGUCAUCAGCAGCACCCCGGCGGGCACCGCGGGCACCGGGGCCGGCUUCGGUUUCGGCGGCGCUGGCAGCUACGGUUACCGGCCCAGCUCGGUCUCCGGGGGCUACGGCGUGCUGUCCGGGGGCUGUGUCACCGGCAGUGGCAACUGCAGCCCCCGUGGGGAGUCCAAAACCAGGCUGGGGAGUGCGAGCGAGUUCAAGGACCCCCAGGGGAAGACCUCCGCUCUGAGCUCCCCCGCCAAGAAAACCACGAGAUAAAAAAAAAAAAAAAAAAAAAAAAAGAAAAAGAAGCCCAUUUCCCAGCUGUCCACCUCGCCCUGCUUUUCCUCCGGUCGCCCUUCCCUGGGAAAACUCCUGUCUCACAUUUAUCCUGCUCUCCUCCUUGCUUCUCUUCGCCACUGACAUUUCCUCUCCUCCACCUCCCGCCUUAGCGUUUGUUAAUCUAGAUUCGGGAUUCCAGCCCAUCCUUGUGCGUCCAUACCCGGAGACCCCCUACCUCAGUCUCCCCUUCCUGCAGCGCUGCCAGCAAUGAUGGCCUGGACCUCGCCCCAGCCUGCAGGCCUCCCCCAGAGGAAGGUUCCUCUCAGUGGGGACCCCCUUCUCACCCCGGCUUAGGAGGUUAUUUGACCAUAUGCUCCACGGGUGAGACGCCAGGUGAUGGGUUAUAUCUUGCAGGCCCCCUGCGUGUAUGGAGGCCUGGGGGUAGCCCUGAGGGUUGGUCCCAUUCAUGAAGGGUUGUGCCCUCAGUAUGUACGUCCUUGUCUUGUUCGGGCUUUAUCUCCCUGCUUCCCGUGUCUCACCAAUAAACUUAAUAAAACUCAUGAAGGA